AUGCUCCCGGCCGCCGCCCCGCGCCCUCCGCCGCUGCUGUGGCCGCCGCCCGCCGAGCCCCCCGCUCCCCCCUGGGCCUGGGUGCUGCCCGCGGCCGCGGGGCUGCUCCGGGUGGGCGCUGCCACCUCCGGGGCUCCGCCGCCGCCGCCGCUCCUGCUGCCGCCCCCCGCGCUGGUGCGGCCCGGGCCCGGCUGGAGCGGCCCCACCGAGCCCCCGCUGCUGCCGCUGCUGCCCGGGGAGCCGCUCCUGCACGGCCAGUGGAUAUUUGGAGCUCAUUCCCCCGUCGUAGGAUUUUCCCCUCCUUCCAGCGUGGAAUUCGUGCCGGUGUUCCCUCCCGUGUACACAGCCGCGGUGCCGCCUCACGCCGGGAAGUGCUGGAUUGAUAAAAGGCUGCCAAACUGCAAAAUCUACUUGAACAAUGCCUUUGCCUUGGACUCGGCCUGGGUCCAGCCUGAGGAGUCCAGGCUGUUCCAGGGGGCUGAGAAGCCUCUGCUGCUGAGCAAUCAAGUAGCCAUGGCAGUAGCCAGGCCAGCUGCUGCCUCCAGACCACUGCCCACGCUCGUCUUGGCUCCUCAGCUGAUCCCAGGUGGUUGCCAGAACAGCCUUAAAGCCAUGGGUGGCACUCAGAGCCUGGCCCUGGUGUCCCUGGAGUCCGAGCCCCUCCAGGGCCCCCCGGGGCCGAGCCUCCAGCCCUGCCACCUCCUCACCUUGUCCCCCAUCAAAAUCCCGCUGCUGGCCUCACCUUUCCCAGGUUCUGCCUCCAGGCUGGACGCUGCCAUGGGCCCCUUGGUCCCAGCACAGGUCACCCGUGUCACCGCCGUGUCCACGCCUGCUGUCACCCUCGUGGCCACCAACCUGAUGGAGCAGGCACGAGCAGAUGGUGGCAAGGAAUCGAGCAGAGGCUCCUGCGCCCCGACGCUGAUCCUGCACACCGAGAGGAAGAGUGUCCCCACGGGCAGUGACAGGGACAAGGAUCGCUCCUUCAAGCUCCUGAGUGAGGCUGACGGCGCUUCCAAGGGGAGCAAGCCCGUGGCAUCCACCCCAGUGCCAGGAUCCCCGUGGUGUGUAGUCUGGACUGGAGAUGACCGGGUGUUCUUCUUCAACCCCACCAUGCAGCUGUCAGUGUGGGAGCGGCCGCUGGACCUGAGGCACCGCGGGGACAUCAAGCGGCUGCUCGAGGACCCCCCGCACAAACGCAAGCUGGAGGCUGCAGCAACAGACAAGUGUAUGAGCUCUUGUCCAGCGGAUGAGAAUGAUGAUCUGAGCAUCAAAACUAAGAGAAAUAAAACAGAGGAGUGCCAGGCUGCGGGCCCGGGCGGCGCCGAGGAGGAGCAGGGAGGGGAGGAAGGCUCAGCCACGCAGAUCUCGCCGCCCCUGGAGGAGAGGAUCACCCACUUCAGGGACAUGCUGCUGGAGAGGGGGGUGUCGGCGUUCUCCACCUGGGAGAAGGAGCUGCACAAGAUCGUGUUCGACCCGCGCUACCUCCUGCUCAACCCCGAGGAGAGGAGGCAGAUUUUCGAGCAGUUUGUCAAGACCCGGGUCAGGGAGGAGUACAAAGAGAAGAAGAACAAGUUGCUGUUGGCCAAGGAAGAAUUCAAGAAGCUUCUGGAAGAAUCCAAGUUAUCCCCAAGGACAACCUUCAAGGAAUUCGCGGAGAAGCACGGCCGGGACCAGCGCUUCCGCCUCGUCCAGAAGAAGAAGGACCAGGAGCACUUUUUCAAUCAGUUCAUCCUUAUUCUCAAAAAGAGGGACAAAGAGAACAGGAUAAGGCUACGGAAAAUGAGAUAA